AUGGUGGACAAGGCUGUGCAGGCUUGUUCGUCAAACUUGAUCCUGAGACUCAAAGGGUCGUUAGACAGAUGGCAGUCAAAGAAGUAUGGCCUGUAACAGAAUGGGACAAUGAAUAUGAAUUUUACGGUCCCAAGAAAGAUAUUCCUAGGGAAGAGUUCAUGAGCAGGAUCUUGCCUAAAGAAUCAAACGCCAUCGACAUCAUUUGCUCUCGGUUUUUCAAAGAGAGGAAUGCUUUUCGAUUAUACAUGGAAUACUGUAAAUGGCCCAUAAUCAACUUUCGAGCCUUUUUCGCUGACACAUCUCUAGGUCCUGGAGGUGACUUGAGAAGGCUUCUCCAGGAAUAUCAAAAACGUUCGCUUGUCUUCCCAGAGCCAUAUAUAUGGAAACUCUUCCAUGAUCUUGCUCGAGUAGUACAUGCCAUGAAUAAUCCAUCCGGUCAUGGCUUGAAAGGAGAUGAAUCCGUAGCUCAUAUUCUCACUCAAACUCAGCGCCGCACAUACAACGCUAACGGACACUUCAGUGAUUUCAAACCAGGCAACAUUUUCCUUUGCUUGCCCGACGAGAACAACUUUCCGAAGUACCCUAUUGCCAAGUUGGGUGAUUUUGGAGGCGCAAUGAUAUCUUCGCCUCGAGACACUGAGGAAGAACACUCGAAAAAGGUUGAUAGCACUUCGAUGACCGCCGGUUAUGUUGCACCUGACAUAGAGCGGUUUGCUCGAGACAACCCAACAGAUCACAUUCCGAAACGGAACGCAAAAUCUGGUAUCACGUUGGCGCAUGUACCCAAAAGAACUACUUCUGCCACCAAUGUUUGGAACGCCGGACUCAUCACAGCUGAUCUCAUGACGGCUGCUCAAUAUUUCAAGCGACCAAAUUUUGGAAUCUACGAUGCUCGCGACGCAUGGCUUGAUGACUUCUUUAGUCAAACAGACACCAAUCCAAGAAUGCAAGGCUAUAGCGCAUUGCUCAAGAACACGGCCAUACGGUGUCUCGAUUACAUGCCCGAUCGGAAGCCGACUCCCAGAGAACUUCUCGCAAGAGUCAACCAGGGCGUAAAGAUGUAUACCGGUGUUAUGAGAACCAGAGACUGCUUCGACACUACACAAUAUCACGGCGAGUAUGAUCUUGAUCCUAGCAUUCCGUUCGUAGACGACUACCCUGUUACGCAAGAAGAAAUCAUGGUUAUGAGUAUGAGCGACGAGAUCCCACCAACAACCAACCCGCCUGGUGGAGGAGGUCCAACGCCAAAAACACCACUCAGAAACCCACCAAAAACUCACAUGAUACCCGGUGAUCAAUCGCCACAACAUCAGGCGCUCUUCAAGACACUCCUGCCCAAAGUUUUCUUGUGGGUCCUAACGCUGGGCAGUCCGUUCAUGAUUUCUUCAAUCCUGCAGCAGGAUACGAAGGACUUGAUCGACCUGCUCCUCAAUUUGACUUUGUCAAUGAAGAUGGUCUACACCAGGCUCUUCAAAAUUCAUUGCCUCGCCGUGGUUGACGUGGACGCGCACACUGAGGCGAUGGUUAUGAUACCCGAUAUCACAGCUUAUCUUUGCAAAAUGCCUUCAAUGGCCAUUUUG